GAGGAGGGAAGUGGAGGCGGCGGCGGCGUCUGUGGGCCAGGCGGAAUCGCUGCAGUGACUGGCGGGCGUCAGGGGCAGCCAGGUGGCAUUUUUCCUCUCAGCAGUCCUACUACAAGCCCUGGAUGCAAAUUCUGCUGCUGGUUAGAGCACAUUAAUUGGAGUAACAACUAUGGACUUUGUUAUGAAGCAAGCCCUUGGGGGGGCCACCAAAGACAUGGGGAAGAUGUUGGGGGGUGAGGAGGAGAAGGACCCAGAUGCCCAGAAGAAGGAGGAGGAGAGGCAGGAGGCCCUACGGCAGCAGGAGGAAGAACGCAAAGCCAAGCAUGCUCGCAUGGAGGCAGAACGGGAAAAAGUCCGGCAGCAAAUUCGAGACAAGUAUGGCCUGAAGAAGAAGGAGGAGAAGGAGGCUGAAGAGAAGGCCGCCCUGGAGCAGCCAUGUGAGGGCAGCCUGACCCGCCCCAAGAAAGCCAUUCCAGCUGGUUGUGGGGAUGAGGAGGAGGAGGAGGAAGAGAGCAUCCUGGACACCGUUCUCAAGUACCUACCUGGGCCUCUCCAGGACAUGUUCAAGAAGUAACCCUGGCCCAACUCCACCCAUUCUCAACAGUCCCAUUUUUGUUUUUAUCUUUUUUUUCCACUUUCCAUUCAGUAUGAAUUUUGAAGGGCAAACCUCAUUUGGCCUCGUCCUCCACACACACCUCCACCCCUCACAUGGACUGUGGGACCCAAGCCCCUCACCUUUGGCCGGAAACUCCCAGGGCUCCCUCCCUAUUCAGUACUGUCCCCUGACCCCACAGUGCCCUGGGCCUCUUGAGGAGCCCUAGGGAAAGAAGGCUGCUGGCCUGGGCUGAGGGCCAGAAACUAGGACCAAACCAUUGAUGACCUCAGGAGAGGCCCGGGAUGUGCCGAAGUGGGAGGAGAGGCCUGACCACUGAGUCCCACAUGCACACACUCCUCCCGAACCUCUUCCCACCAGGAACAUUCCUCAUGCCUUGAGCAUGAUUUCCACUGCCAGAAAGGGGAGAGAGGGCCAGGACGGUGGGCCCUAGGGGAAGGAAGUCAGAGGAGAAGAGGGUCGGAUUGCCUAUUCUUUCUCCUCUACUCCCCUAGAGAUCACUGAAGCUCUAAGCCCUGCUGCCCAGCCCCAAUGGGUCAAAACACCCAACACAUUCCAGCCCUGCCCAACAUAGCCCAAGGAGGAGGGGGCAAGGGCCAGUGCUGGACCCUUCAUUAGGCAGCCCAUCAGCCAAUCCCAGAGGAAAGUGGAGCAGAUCUCUGUUCCUUCACAUCUCCCUAGGCCUCCUCAAUCUCACUUCAGUUCCACGGACUCAGCCCACCAUGGUAAGAACAGCCCCUCCCAGCCUAGUCCCUCCCUGUUCCUGGCCAGACCUGGGAGUCGCAAGGAAGAUCAAUCGACUGUGGGAGGUAUCAUUAGAGUCUCUUAGUUCCCAACCCUGGCCUUAUUCCCUUUUCAUCAAUGACCUAGAUAGGACCAGUAGUAUAGGGAGGGUCAGAGAAGGGCCUGUGCCCUAACCAAAGGAGUAUUCUGGAGUUUUGAGGGGCCACUGGGUAGAGAUCAGGCAGGGUACUACCAGGAAGGUUGACUCCCAUUGCCACAAAUAUGGCAGCCUGGCCUUUCCCUUGUCAGUGGAGCAGAUCCUUCCCACAGGGCAAUAAAAGGUUGUCCCUGGGAUACCACUGUACCCUAGGAAGCUUCCACCCUCUACUCAUAUCUUUGUGGCCGCUGUGGAGCCUAAUCUAUAAAGGGGGUAGCGUGAGUCCUUCUCUCCUGAAAAGGCACGCUAGGCCCUCCCUCCCCCAGCCUGGGGUCCUCACCUUAAUAGGGUAGCCCCUUCCAAAUACACACUAACAGUUGGAGCCAUCGGGCAGCAUCAGUCCUCGACCAGAAAACAUCUAGUGGAGAGGAUAUGCUGCUCCUCUCCCCACCCCCCAGCCCAUCCAGGCGCUUCCAGGGCCCUGAGUGGACAACAUGUUCAGGAGGUUCCACUGGCCCCCAAGAGGGCUCCCCAUAAGCAGGGCUCAGGCUGAGGCACUUAAGGCAGACUCACCUACAAUUUAGCCCUGAUCCCAUGGGAAAAGACAGCCCCAGCUGAGCUGCUGCCCUCUCAUUCUGGCUGAGGAUCUGUCUGCCCAUAUGCUAAGCCCCAAAGCAGGCAUCUGUCCUUCCAUCUAUUGGUCUGUCUUGUGGCUAGGAAAAAAUUCUCCUCUCAGAUGUGCCAAGGAAAGCCCUACCCACCUGACUCAAGCCUAACCUACCCUACCCUCCCAUACCCAAUACUCUGCCUCUCCUCCAUUCUGAGAAUUCCUGGGGCAGGGAGGAUUGUGAACGUGAAAGUAUGUAUGAAUGUGGGUGGAAUGAGAGUGGCAGUGGCAGAAUGGGUAUGUCUAUAGUUGGGAUGGUGUGAAUGUAUGUGUUAUAAAUAUGCAUGUGUGUAUGGAUGUGUCAAAGAUUGUAUGUGUAUCUUUUAGAGAUUGUUCUUAUAUGUGUGUGUAUCAGAGAUUGUGUUAGAGACUACAAGAAGGCUAGGGAUUCAAAUAUGUACGUAUAAAGAUUGUGUGGGUGUGUGUUUUAGAAAGUGUGUAUGUGUGCUAGAGAUUGUGUGUCCAUAUCAUAGAUUGUCUAUAUUAGAGAGGAUGUAUGUGUGUGUAUGUGUUGAAGAUUAUGUGUUAAAAAUGACAUGUGUUAGAGAAUGUUUAUGUGUAUGGGGAGGGAUGUUAUUACAGGGUUAUGUUUCUGGGUGUGUGUGUGUAUGUAUGUGUGUGUGUGUGUGUGUGUGUGUGUGUGCGAGUGAAAAUGCAUGUAUAACACUUCAGGCUGGCUGGAUGACUGAGAAUGGUAGCAGGAACUGGGAAAUAUCUUUUCUUCUCCCUUAGACCAAUCAAUUCCUACCUAUCACCACUCCUGGAGCAGAGGUGAGAGGAGAAGUUUUUCCUACAAGUCCAAGACUUUCCCUCUUCCCCUGGGCUCCCUGAGCCAAGCCUUUGCCAUCCUCCUCCCUCCUUGGAUGUGAUGGGGAGAAUCCUGUUUGGGUCCUGGGAAGCACUUGGCAGCUCAGACUGGUCUGAGUGGCCAUGGGAGGAACAGGACUGUCCUUUGUCCCUAUAACAGAGAAGCCAUGCUGGAUAUGGGGUGGAAGAGGGAGAUGCCUCAAAGAGGGUUGCUAUGCCUGCCCCUCGCCGCCCCACCACCACCACCAUUUUUCACCAUCACCCCAGUUUGCAUACUGGGGUGUUUCAUUUUAGAGAAUUUUUCCUUUAAUUUCAAAAGAGAAAGCAGCUCACGUCGUAUCUUCUCUGUCCGUUUCCAAUAGUUAAAGCCAUAUCAGUUAGACUGCAAUACUUUAAAGAUGAGGGGGAAAAAAACCAUAGAUUUAAGAAAACCAGAAAGGGAGUUUUGUUCAUCCCCUCUGUCCUGGGGUGAUCUGUUUCUCCAGCCCCCAGGUCUUCCCUUUCCCCCAACUCCCAAUUCCUUCCCCUGCCUCUUUGUGCCCUAGUCUCUGGCCCCCAGGGUCAUGUAUUUGUGAGUGUGUCCAUGUAUGUCUCUGUAACGGGGAAAAUUUAACCUCCUCAACUGCUGUAUCACCCCAUUGUUGUCUCUGCUUGUCCAUGGUCGCUGGAGUAAGAUGGUCACUCUGCAAGGUCUUGUGGAGCCAGAAGUGAAGGGUAAACUGGGGCUAAGGGCGUGCUGAGCAGAAACUGAAUAGUCCUUUAGCCAUUUGCCUCUCUUAAGAGAAUGUUAGUGGUUCUUGUCAUCUGUCAUCAUCAUGAGCUCCAGGGAGAAAUAUCAGAGGUUCCUUUGACUUCCAGGGACCAACCCCAAUGUGUGUAUCUUCAGGAAAAGAAAGAGGUCUGGUAAUUCUCAGCCAAACAUAGGGUCUGUAGACAUGCAAGGGGAUGCCCAAUUAUAAGAGGUCCAAAGAUCCGCAAAGGAAUUCCCAGACAUAUGGGGGGGGGGGUCCUGCAGAAAUACAAGGGGAUUUCCAGUGGUACAUACAGAGAGAAUCCAAGUCACACAAGGAGUCUACUGACAUAUAAGGGGAUUCCCAGGAGUACAAAUGAGUUUGAAAUCAGGGGAAAAAAAAAACCUUUGACAGAAAAAGAAAAGGUCUGCAAACAUAUAUAAAGAAUUUCCGGGUGUAGAAAGAGUAAUAUACCUACUUAGUGGAAGGGAUCCCUGGGGCCUUCAGCUGCCUAGGGCCUUCUCCUUCAAAAGAGCCUGUUUAGACUCCCAAAGUACACCCUUCCUCUCCCCCAGGGCCCAGGACUGCUGCUCCUGCUGCUGCCACAGGCCAAGCAGAGGCGGGCCCUUGAGGGUAGCUAGUUCUCCACUAAGACCUUUCCACACACAUACCAGACCUCCUACAAGUUCAGGACUUAACCACUAGCUUCCCCGGAAAGCCCCACCACCCCCAAGGUGCUGGCUUCCUUGGGGACCACUCCUAAGAAACAGGAGAAGGAGAAAGAUACACUCCAGGGGACUGUGACUCUAAUCCCAGUCAGGCUUUGCCCAAUCCAGGCAUCCCCAGGCAGCAGGUCAAGGAGGGAUCUGGAGAUGACAUAAUGUGUGUAUGGCACAUUGGCCAUUGGGAAAGGGGUACCGUGUAGGUAGUACAUUGUUAGGGGGAUAUAAGUAUGGCACAUGAAUUAAGAAAUGUGAUAGACGUGUAUGUCACCCACACUGACUACAAUAGCUGAUUGUAAGACACUACCUAGAGAAGGUAUGUGUGUGUGUGGUACACAGGAAGGGGGAAGGGGUGAUGUAUGGAGCACAAUCUGAGAGGUUACGAAUAUUUGCAUUCAGUGCACAGACUGGGGGAUUUAUGUGUGUGUGUGUGUGUAUGUGUUUCUGUGUGAGAGAGAGAGGGAGAGAGAGAGAGAGAAAGAGAGAGAAAGAGAGGCUAGCAGUAGGGGGUGGCGGUAGUUAGGGCAUGGCAUACUACUUGGGGGCAGGGACUAGCUUAAGACAAACUGAUUCUAGCUUCUCUGCCCAGAUAAGCAAUGAGAUAAAAUCUGCUGACAGGGCAUAGUGUAGGUAAAUGGGAAAAGAGAAGGAGAAUAUGUGCUGCCAUCCAUGGAAAUCUGUUGGCACUUGAUAAUAGAGAAUGUGACGUAUGCAGGAUCCCCACCCGGGAAAACUCAUUGGUGAUUCAAGAAACCAAGUGCAUGUAGCAGAAAGGAAGGUGCAGUUAGCAUAUGUGUGCAUGAAGUGAAUGUGUUCAGAGCAGUGCAAAGGGCAGAGUUUGAGGGAAAGCCCUCUCCCACCCUUCUUCCCUGGCCAAGAACAGUCAGCUAGGAAGGAGAAAUAAAGGCCAGCUUUGCUCUAGACCCCCAGACCUCCCAUUUGGGUUCUUAUCUGAAAGGCUGGUGGAUGCCAUAUCUAAAACAUGGGGUAUCUGACAGAUGCAGGACUCCAAUGCCAUACUUCUUUAGGCAAUAAGUCUGCCCCUGGCAGCCUGGUUCCUGAGAUCCAUACAGAGAGACAAGAGACAGAAUAGCCAGGCUGAUAGCCAUACCCUGCCCUUAAUCCAAGAUGUAGACUCACUUCUCCAGGACUAAGUCACUUGUGAGUGGCUCUGGCUCCAUGAACCUGAGAAGAAGAAAAGGGAUCUCAGGAGAUAGUUUUAAAGGCAGGGAGUAGCCUCCCUAUUCACUGGAUCCAUCUGGAAGCUGGGGGCAGGACCCUAUCCCCCCAUUUCUGGACCCUCUACCUCCACCUUCCCCAGAGGCCCUUAGCCCUGGUCCCAGGGGGAAGAAGUGUGUGGUGUGGGGCCCUUAGGCCUGGCUGAGUGACCAUCUUGCUUUCCAUCAACCUCAGAGACAAUCCAAUCCCCAACCCUCCUGUGUGUAACUGUGUCCUUGUGGCCCCCCAUCCCCUGAAUGUGUCAGUGCCUGGGGGGAGGGGGGCUCUCUCCCACCCCCUUGAAUCUGACCUAAAGCCAUGGCUGCCGCUCCCCCCAUCCCCAAUCCCAACUUUGUAUGACGCAAAAAGCUAACUACGGAUGUACAAAAUCAACUGUGACCAAGAAAAGACA